AUGGCAGAACAACACAGUGUUCCAGGCGGCAACACUGCUGCAUCGAUGACCCCACCUGCCAGCGCCGACGGAGAGAAGAUGCACCUCCAUGGGAUCAAUUCUUGCUCGGCUUCUCCUCGUCCUUCCAUCGAGGAUGACGGUACCUCUCCUAUUCUAGAAGAUAUUCAACCAGAUCAUUAUUAUGAGGGUGGGAGAGUGCCGGUCUUCAAGCCGACCAUGGACCAGUUCCGAGACUUUCGAGCCUUCAUUCGCUGUAUUGAUAAAUAUGGCAUGAAGUCGGGAAUUGUGAAAGUGGUUCCUCCAAAGGAGUGGACGGACUCGCUUCCCGCCCUAGACGAGGCUGUCAAGACCAUCCGCAUCAAGAAUCCUAUCGUCCAGGAGUUUACAGGGUCUCACGGAACCUUUACUCAGGCAAACAUUGAGAAACAGCGGUCAUACAAUCUUCCACAGUGGAAAGCGUUGUCUGAAGAGAUCAGUCAUCAACCUCCAGCUAGACGAGGAGAAAGACGUUGGACCCAAGGGAAGGCCCGGGUUACAGUCAGAAGUCACGGUAACAAAGGUGAAUCUCAGAAACGCAAAACAACUUCAAGUAAGCGUAAAGCCAGUGAGGAAUUGCCCGAACGCCAGGAUGAUGGUCAAGGAUCCAAACCUGAAAGCCCUCCUACUCCGGUGUCCCCAGUGUCAAAGCCAGUCAAAGCCAAAUCCGAGGAACUAAGUGAUGGAGAGCCAUUGCCUGCCCCAAAGCCAAAAGGCAGACAACCAAAGUCUGUCUCUGCUCGACGGAAAAAUAACCGAGAUGAGCAAGAUGACUAUAUUGAUGAAGAAGCUUUCAUCGAUUUUGACUAUCGUCUCUCCAGUAACGAAGAGUUCACCGCUGAAAGGUGUGAAGAACUCGAAACCGCUUAUUGGAAAUCUCUUAUGUAUAACAACCCCAUGUAUGGUGCUGAUAUGCCAGGUUCCUUGUUUGAUGAUGCCGUGACUUCAUGGAAUGUUGCCAACCUGCCAAAUCUUCUGGAUGUUCUCGGCCAAAAAGUCCCUGGUGUCAACACCGCCUAUGUAUACCUUGGCAUGUGGAAGGCCACUUUCGCUUGGCAUCUUGAAGAUGUUGACCUCUACAGCAUUAACUACAUCCACUUUGGCGCUCCUAAACAGUGGUACAGCAUCUCACAGGAAGACCUUCCACGUUUCGAGGCAGCGAUGCGGAGCAUUUGGCCAACAGACUCGAAAAACUGCAGCCAGUUCUUACGACAUAAGACCUACCUUAUUUCCCCUACCGUCCUCAAGUCUCAGUAUGGCAUUACCGCGAAUAAACUAGUGCACUAUGAAGGCGAGUUCGUUAUCACGUUCCCGUAUGGAUACCACUCCGGAUUCAACUUGGGGUACAACUGUGCAGAGUCAGUCAAUUUUGCUACGGAAAGUUGGCUCGACUAUGCCCGUAUCGCCAAGAAAUGCCACUGCGAAACGGAUACUGUUUGGAUCGACGUCGAGGAGAUUGAACGGAAAUUACGGGGUGAAACUACUCCGGAGUACUACGAUGAGACUAGAAGUGAACAGUAUGAAGGUGCCUCUGACCUUCUCACUCCUCCUCGAAGCGUUCCGGAAAAAUCCACAAGACCUAGAAAACGGAAAGUUGAUGGUAUUGAGCCUAAAUCCAAGCGUGCCAAGUUGCAUUUAGAUUUCGCCAAAGAAGCCGCCAUGUGUACUAUGCCCAAAUAG